UGAGAGUGCGCGUCUAUAACUAUCAUUACGGCAAUACCAGGUCAACGAAAGAGUGCGUGCGUUCAACUGCAACAACAGAGAAGCUGCGUUGUUUACAAAGCGGUUCUUUGAUCAGCAAUGGUUGAGAUCUGUUCCACCAUACCACACAGCCAAGAUCAGCGAAGCCCUGAAUGAAGUUCGGGAGAAACAUCCGUGUCAGAAUCCCCAGAAUCUUGUUAUGCUAGUAAUGUCUUCAAGUAGUGGGCAGAAGAACAAGAUAUUCCCAACAAAAAGAAAGCAAAUCACAGAAGAUGGCAAGUCUCUCAUCUGCCCUCAGUGUGGAAAGAGUUUCAAAUACAUACGUCAUUUUGAGGGCCACAUGAGAACUGACACCGGGGUGUGCCCAUACACAUGCCCCCAGUGUGGAAAAAUUUUCAGAGAUAAAUCAAAUAUUAAGGCACAUUUGAGAAUUCACACCGGUGAGCGCCCAUACGCAUGUACUCAUUGUGAAAAGAGUUUCAAACGCAAAAGUCAGUUUGAGGGACACAUGAGAAUUCACACCGGAGAGCGUCCAUACACAUGUCCUCAGUGUGGAAAGAGUUUCAAAGAUCAUUCAAAUCUUGCAGCACAUAUGACAAUUCACACUGGAGAGCGCCCAUACAUAUGUCCUCGGUGUGGAAAGAGUUUCAAAAAUAAAUCUAAUCUUGCGUCGCAUAUGAGAAUUCACACUGGAGAGCGCCCAUAUGUAUGUCCACAGUGUGAAAAGGGUUUUAAACAGAAGACGACGCUUGAGAAGCACAUGGGAAUUCACACUGUAGAUUGCCCGUACACAUGUCCUCAGUGUGAAAAGAGUUUUAAACUGAAAAAUAAUCUUAAAGUGCACAUAAGAAUUCACACUGGAGAGCGCCCAUAUACAUGUCCUCAGUGUGGAAAGAGUUUCAAAUGCAAACCAACAAUAAAUCGGCACAUGAGGAUUCAUGAUGGAGAGCAUCCAUGA